AUGGUGCAUCUCUUUCCUUCCAGCACGAUUACCUCCACCUCCUCCCCCUCCGCUUCGUUCCUCCCAAUCACCGCCUCGUCAAGACUGUCGACGAUUCUCUCCUCGCUGCCGCAUCGGAUGCUACCGCGUCGCAGCGAGUCGCACUCGCCGGCGUCGCGCUGCAAAUCGGCGGGCCACCACCACCAUCACUCCUCCUCCUUCUCCUCGAACGGCUUCCACUCGAUUCCCUCGUCGGCCUCCUCGUCGACGCAAUCCGUUCAUCGGCAGGGAUCCGUCGACAAUCUCAUUUUCAAACUGUUAACGCGGCCCAAGUACAUGGUCAAGUGUCUCGGCAUUCAUCCGGCACGCUCGUCCGUCGCCAUUCAGACGACGACGCCGCUCGUCGAGCAGCGCGACAUGGCCAGCAGUCUGCCAAUUGAGGUGUUUAGGGGAGGGAGGGACGGUCGGUGUGAGAGUGUGUGCGCGCGAUGAAAAGGGCGUCGAACAACUGCACGGCUCCACUAUACUAUCCACUAUAUUGUUGGUUUUCAGAACUCGAAGCCGCGCAUUUCGAACAUCACCUUCUCGACGGUCACCUCCGCCACCGGACUUCCGACGGUUCCCGCAGAGCCGAAUAAGGCGAGGAGCAGCAGGUGAGCACUUGACAUGGGGCAUCGGGGCCAGUUGAGCGCAAGAAUUUUUAUAUCUUUUUUAGAAAAUUUUUUCAUGGAAUGUGAUCAACUGACGAAAUGUAUAACAAAGUGAAAUCUGCUCAUAGAAAAAUAAUUGUGAAUUUAGCUUUUCAUACAAAAAAGUUAUUCCUUCCGUCUUCCCCCGUUAGCCGCCUUUUUUCACGCAACAACUCGAAUAACUUUUUUGUAUGAAAAGCUAAAUUCACAGUUAUUUUUCUAUGAGCACAGUUCACUUUUGCUAUACAUUUCGUCAGUUGAUCACAUUUCAUGAAAAAAUUUUCUAAAAAAGAUAUAAAAAUUCUUCCGUGUUCUUCCGUUGAGCUCUUCCGCUUGGUUUUUGAUCUCAAUGAACUUUUGAAUUCCCACGGCGGCUCGUUAAAAGAUCAGCGUCAAUUGGAUGAACAUUUUACGGGAAAAAGUAAUGCCCCGGACUUUCUCACUCAUCAUCAACAUCACGAGACCCCAAAAUCGUUUUUGAUUUCAAGGAAGAGAGAGAGAGAGAGAGAGUUGGUAGAGCGGAAGCGAAAAUUGAGAAGAAGAAGAAGAAGAAGAAGAAGAAGACGUGGGAACACACUCCCUCUUCUUCUUCUUCUUCUUCUUCCUCUUCUUUCUUUUUGAGCACAAAAAGGGCCCGCCGCGCCGUGUGAUUUUUGAGUUGUUCGGUGCUGCUGGCCGAGCUUUUCACUCGCGUGGCCUAGAUUUUUCGAGAGUUUGUUUUUAGUCUUUGUUCCAAACAAUGUUUAGUGGGGUCCCAAAGCUUCCGACUUUUCCACGUCAUUCCUUUCGGUGGACCAAGUUAAUUUCCGCUCUUUCCCCCACCAUUCGUUCUUCUUCUUCUUCUUCUUCUUCUUCUUCUUCUUUUUCUCCGGGUACUCCCUCUAGAGCAGAUGAAAAAGGGAAAAAGAAGAAGAAGAAGAGGGGGAGAUGUCCUUUGAAACUUUGAGAGGAAUAGAGAGACAAAGAUUGACAUGACAUUUUCAUUCGUCAAAAAACGAAAAAAAAAUGAAUGCGCGAGCCCCUUUUGUUCUCAUUUUUCUCUAUACGAAUCGGAACCAGUGGGGUGGGGGUCUACGAAGGUCCGGAUAAUACUCUUGAUCUUUUGUUGUUGGACGCGGGUCACUCGACAUGUCACUCAACUCUUUUUCCACUUCUUCAUCUCUCCAUUCAUAUCUUAUUUCAAUUUUGCAAUAAUUUUUUUUGCGAGCCCUCUCGUGAGCCCAUUGCUCUAUGCGCCGCUCGCCUUUUUUUUGCCAACACGUAUCGUGAAUUCAUUACACUCUUUCUUCUUCACUAGUCUGGUAAAAAGUGGGUGUGGCCAAACGCAGAGCGUUUUAGGAUGAAGAAGAAGAAGAAGAACAAAGGGAAAAGAACGAGAAGAACAACGUUUUACUUUUUUUGUGUGUGUGAGAAAGUAGUGCACCACCACGUGCACACACACACUUUGUUCUUCUGCUUUUCUUCCUUGUUCUGAGAUGAUGCAUAUUUUGGUUAUAGAUUUGAAAAGUUACAGACCUUAGAGGGCCUGUAAGAGGGCCAUAGAUUUUUGAGCGCACUUAGACCAAGAACCGUGACCAGAUUUGUACUUGGCCAUACAAUUUCGGCCGCCAACAAAUGUCUUUGAAAUUGCUAAUCCUUCCCAUCCAUCGCUCUUAUCCUUCCUCAUUCUUUCUCAGAAAUGCCUCCCCUUCUUCUUCUUCCUUCCAUAUUUUUGUCUGAAAGAAAAAGAGAAGGUAUUCACUAUCCGCUAUUAUCCGUUUCUCCGUCUCCUUCUCCUCCCGCUCUUCGCUUUUUUUUUCCAAUUUCCACUACGGCUCUGUUAGGUCUUUCGACGACGACGACAAUUACCCUUCUCCGCAUCUAAUUCUGACCGCAUCCCCCUCUUUUGCAAGCAAAUUCUCCGAAUCGCCCUUCCACGAAAACGCGUGUAUUUCAAUAUAUUAUCGGGCAACAAGUUUAUAAAUCAGUGCUAAAACUCUUUGAAAUUGCCCCCCCGCCGCCGCUCUGUUUGUUGGUCCUUUGGCGGAAAAGAGAAUGGAGGCCAGGCCGCCACACUCUCUUCUUUUUUGGUCAUUCCUCUCCUCCUCUUCCUCCUUUUUUUUGCGAACGUAGUUGGGUUGGAAGGGGGUGGAAACUAUAAGAUUCUCUUCAGAUGUAAGUUUCUAACCGUUUUCGUCUAACAGAAUGUUGGUUGCCAGUCCCUAACCGCAACGAGACCAACAUGAACAGCUUGUUGACCAUUUGCGGGCAGCUAGAAAGAAUAAUACACUUUUCUUUCUCUCUCUUUCUCUUCUGUUCUUCUGCCAGCCACUUCCACGUGAUCCGUUUCGGCAAGAUCACAUGGCAUCGGCCACCUUGUCAGUUCAUCACUAUCCCCCCGCCGUACAUUUUCCCAUUUUCUCUCUCUCUCUCUCUCUCGUCCGUCAACUCUGUGCAUGUACUAAAAGAGCGUGGCAGAUGAAACGAUGAUGAUGAUGAACGUGAACGUGAACGUCGACAAAGAGAUUCAGCCGUUCGGAGUGCUCGUCGUUAAUCGCCUUCAGAAGCGCGUUAAUUCGCCGUUGACGGCUUUUGCUAGGUAUAUUGCUGGGGGGCGGGGUGGUGGUAACUCGAGACUUUUCACAGUUUCACCGAAUUGUUCACUACUUUUUUGCAGCUACUGGAAAACCGAAGCGUCGCCGUCGAACAACAACGACCGGCAGACGCCGGUGGACGUGCUCAAAAAGCACAGUGGUGUGUCGCGAAAGGAGAGCGGAACGCACGUCGACACCGUCGUGACGACGAUCGACGGACAGCGCUACGACACGCGCGAGCUCGACAACGAUCCGGACUUUCAGGAGGUCACCGAGUGGGCCUUCCCAUCUUUCAAAUCUCGCGAAAGUUCCCGCAAACGAUAUUGUCGCGGCUGACGUACACGGUGUUCCAGCACGCCGAGCUGUUUCGCAUUUUCAAAGUGUCGCCCAUCAAAUUUUUCAACUUUUUCCACGCGCUCGAGAAGGGCUAUUGGGAGAUUCCAUGUGAGCUCAAAAAAGGCCUGUACAUACAAUCGGGAAAUUUCAAAUUUUUUUUAGACCACAACCGAAUCCACGCGGCCGACGUGCUGCACGGCUGCUACUAUCUAUCCGUGCACCCGGUGCGGCCACAAUUCGGAGUGGUCAAGUCGCCGGACUCGCUGCUCCCGGCGCCUCAACCGCCGGCCGCCUCGAUCAUGUCCCAAAUGAGCACGCUGGAGCUGAUGGCGCUGUACACGGCGGCCGCGAUGCACGAUUUCGACCAUCCGGGCCGGACGAACGCGUUCCUCGUCGCCGUCGAGGACAAGAAGGCGAUUCUGUACAAUGAUCGAAGCGUUCUGGAGAAUCAUCACGCCGCAGAGUCGUGGAAACUGCUGUGCCGGCCCGAGAACCACUUCAUCGAGAACCUGGAUCCGGCGGAGAUGAAACGGUUCCGCUACCUCGUGCUCGAGUACAUCCUGGCCACCGAUCUGAAGCAGCACUUCGAGGUGAUCAUGACGUUCAACGACCGGCUCGCCGACAUGGAUCUUCAAGUCGAGUCGGAUCGGCUGCUCGUCGGAAAGCUGCUCAUCAAGAUGGCCGACAUCAACAGCCCCACAAAACCGUACGGACUGCACCGACAGUGGACCGAUCGGAUUUGCGAGGAGUUCUACGAGCAGGGCGACGACGAGAAGAAGCGCGGCAUGGCGAUCACUCCGUACAUGGAUCGGGCCGACGCGCAAGUGGCCAAGCUUCAGGACUCGUUCAUUGCGCACGUGGUUAGUCCGCUCGCGCAGGCGAUGAAUGAGGUGAGCGUUGUGUAGAAAUCAGAGAUGUUGGGAAUUCCGUGUUCCGUGUUCCGUGUUCCGUGUUCCGUGUUCCGCGUUUUUUUGCAAUAUUUUUUCCGUGUUCCGUGUUCCGUAAAAAAAAAAAUUUCCGCGUUCCGUGUUCCGUGUUCCGUAGAAAUAAGUUUUUUUCCGUUUUCCGUGUUCCGUGUUCCGUAAAAAAAAAAAUUUUCCGUUUUCCGUGUUCCGUGUUCCGUAGAGUAAAAUUUUUAUUCCCAACAUCUCUGGUAGAAAUCAGUAUCUAGACUAGUCCCAAGUUUUGAUGAACGUCCUUCCGAGUUCCAGAGCGGUCUCCUGCCCGUCCUGCCUGGCCUCGAAAACUCGGAACUCUGGAUCAACAUGCACCACAAUCAUCGCAAGUGGAAAGAGGAGAUCGAGAGCACUUAUGAGCCGACGACGACGACGACGACGACGACAACUUGCAAUGGUAACAAUGGUCCUCGAGGAUCUUCCGAUUCAUUGUCCCCUCCCAAAUUACAGGCGGCUCGGUGAACGGUGUGAUCGAGGAGGAGAGCGCGAGCACGAGCGACAGUCCGGAUCCACGUCGCGAUUCGCCGUCACUCGACUCGGAAUUGAGUCAGGUAAGAAGACUUGAGAUCUCUGUGUGUGUGUCCGCGUGUUAUCCGUUUUACGAGUGUCCUGUGCAUGUCGACGACCCAUACCGGCCCCAUUCUCCUAUAUUUUUUCAGUGAAAAUCAGAAGCCUGCCUCUCUCUCGACGCCCUACGCCCACGCCUACGCUCUUUUUUCUUUCUCUUUCUCUUUCUCUCUCUCUCUCUCUCUCUUCCCCCCAAGCUUUCGGUGUAUUUGUCCCCCCGUUCCCUCCAUUUUUUUGGUGACGACGACGUUAUUCCCCAACCCAAUUCCCCUCGUUUUACACAAAAUCGAAACAAAUUCAGGUGCCGUUCACAAUCUGCUGCAGUAUUGGCGAAGAGGAGUACGUGUGA